UCCAUGCUGCGUGGGAGUGUGUAUGUGUGCUGUAUGUGCAUUCUCCAGCUCAUCCACUCACUGCUACUCACACACAACGAGGACUACAGGACCUGAGGACGUCCACUUCAUGUAUUAUUAUUUAGGUCUUCAACACACUGAUUAAGAUCAUUACACUGACUGAGACUGAGGAGCUUCUGAAGCCUACAAGACAUUUUCUUAUCUACAUACAAGACUUGUGUUGCGUUCGCUGUCCCUCCACCAUGGGUGCAUUUAUUGCCAAGAUGCUGCUUCCUACAGUCAGCAGCCUGGUGUUCCUGCCUGCAGCCAGCGUGGCUGCCAAGAGGGGCUUCCACAUGGAGGCCAUGGUUUACUUCUUCACCAUGUUCUUCGUUGCGAUCUAUCAUGCAUGUGACGGUCCAGGCCUCUCCAUCCUGUGUUUCAUGAAAUACGACAUUCUGGAGUACUUCAGUGUUUACGGCACGGCUCUCUCCAUGUGGGUCACACUUAUUGCUCUUGGAGACUUUGACGAGCCCCAGCGCUCCAGUAUAACCAUGUUUGGAGUGUUAACCAUCGCUGUGAGGAUCUACCAGGAUCGCUGGGGCUAUGGGAUCUACUCCGGCCCGAUCGGAUCAGCUGUCUUCAUCAUCACUGUCAAAUGGCUGCAGAAGAUGAAGCAGUUGAGGGCGGUGUAUCCAGAGAAGACGGUGUACACGCAGCAGGUCGGUCCAGGCUGCUGCUUUGGUGCUCUCGCUCUGAUGCUGCGUUUCUACUUUGAGGAGUGGGACUAUGCUUACGUCCACAGCUUCUACCAUCUGUCUCUGGCUGUGUCCUUCAUCCUGCUGCUGCCAAAGAAGAACCGCUACGCAGGGACGGGACGAAACGCUGCUAAACUCAGCUGCUUCACUCUCUGCUGCUGCACGAUGUCCCCUGGCACUUCUAAAGAGAAGACAGACAAGCCAAAGAAGAAGCCUUCUCGGACCGUGUGGACAGUCCCCACUGAGAAGCCGUGGACACGAGGCUGUAGCACCCCCACCCUGCCACUAUACCACCCCCCACCUUCCACACCUGUCAAAGGGACCAGCAUCAGCAAGCUCAAAGAGAUGAAUGGCUGGAAGUGAACCCAAAGACACAACUGUCAGUCAGUCCAACGUAGGAAGACUUCACCCUGAACAACAGGUAUAGAGAGUGGUCGGCUCUGAGCGGGAAAUGGGAAAAUCACCAAAUAUCUGUCAGCCAAACGCUGAUAAACUUGUAUGUGGCUGGUAAGUUAAUCUACUUCAGCAGGAAACCAACCAUCAUGUGGAUCUUCCUUUCUACUCCAAAACAUCAUUUUUGGCUGGUAGAAUAUUUAAGGUCGGCAGCGACUUUAGGAAUCCACCAGCCUCUGCAGCCAGCAGGUAAAGAAUCAAGCGAACCCUGAUGUGGUUAGAAAACAUUAAGGGCAAGAACAAAAGGCGAAUCAGGCCUCCGGUGCCCUCAAAGACCCGAUAAGAACACAGCUGUCUGAAGCACUUGUCCAAAGCUGAGGACAGGCAGCACGCUACGAAAGAACACACACAGCACUAACAGGGAGACGGUGGCUGAGACAAGCCAGUAAAACUGACUGGAAAAUUUAUGAGAAGAACAAACAGGCAGAUGGUUUAUCUCUCCAAAAUAUAUAAAUUGUCUUUAGAAAUGUUCCUCAGGGGAGACCCUUCGUCUGCUUGCCUCUGUCUGUCCGCCACCCCCCUCCUCUUUCUCUUUCCCGUCUCUCGCAGGGAAAGGAACCACGCGGCUGAUUUUGGUUAUGAGAAUUACAAGACUGUAAAGCACAUUUUACCGUUUUUAUACGUCCUCGAGGUGCCAAAUGUGUCAUGUGGAGCAUCAGACGUUGGAGCGAGGGGAAGCGGUGGCCCAGACAUCAGUCUGUAACCCGACUGCAGCAUCUUGAUGUGUUUCUGGAUCAACAGGUGGACUCCUCUGUCUGUUAACUCCGGUUCACUGACCGAGCAGCCUUGGCUACGAUUUCUGUCCCUGAUGUGCAUUGUUCAGACUGUGUAAUGUUUCUGCUGAAAACUUUUAUUAAUAUGUUGUUAUUUAUUGCAGUACAGAAUAUUGUAUAUUCAGUAUGGUAUGGUCGUUGGUUUUUAAUAAUUUUGUAAUGUUUUACAAAUAAAAUGAAAUGUCGUGGCCCUGUU